UAAAAAGAAUUUCAUUUGGCAUUGUUAAGCCUGAAACCAAAAACCAAGUUCUACUAUCACUACUAGAUAUGCUGAGUUCUUCGUAUAAUUUAAAUUUAACACAAUUAUCCGAGCAGCAGGCAGUGAAAACGCCCGAAUAUAUGGAUUCAUCUAACAGUGACGCUUUAAUAUCAGAUAUUUUAUCGGAUAAUAUGCCGUCGGUAACACGAAACUUUUACUUUUACUCGCCGUUACAUCCCUUAAUCGGUAUGUCGAAUAACUUUUGGUCUUAUCCGUUCUCUUUUCUGCAAAAUACUCAUCGCGCCGAGAAGCCGCCGUUCUCCUAUAUUGCUUUGAUCGCCAUGGCCAUAAGCAGCGCUCCAAAUCAGCGAUUAACUUUAAGUGGAAUAUACAAAUUUAUUAUGGAUAAAUUUCCUUACUAUCGGCAGGGCAAGUCAGGUUGGCAAAAUUCAAUACGACACAAUCUGUCGUUGAAUGAUUUUUUCAUUAAGGUGCCCCGUGAUAAGAACAUAGUCGACGAGAAUAACGAGAGCGCCGGCAAAGGCAGUUAUUGGAUGCUAGAUGCAUCGGCAAAUGAUAUGUUCGAACAGGGCAAUUACAGACGCCGGCGAACGCGCCGACAAAGGCAAUGUCUAAAAACUGGUACAUUGCUUGGGGAAUCUCUAAAGGCGUCAGUACAGCCUAACAAUGGCGAACGUUCCGCAAGCAUGAAUUCGAUUUUUAAUCUUAACAACUCAUCAGCAUUGACUCUCAACUAUUCAGAUCGUAUAACUGAAAUUCAUCGCCAAUACUUAGCCUCAUUGGCCCCGCUAAAUGUACUAUUCCGAAGCAGUACUAUGCCGUGUUCACAAACGAGCGAUGAGUUCAAGGUGACAGCAACAACCACUUCUACUCCUAAUAAGUGCUGCUUUUUCAAUGCGUCUCCUGAAUCAAUUGAAGCCGAUUCAUUAGAUUAUUCAGCGGAUACUUUAUCAAACAGUAGUACCAGUUCUAGCAACGAGCUUCAUCUAACACAACCCUUCACUGCUUUCGCGUCAUCCACAAACUCGACAAAGUAUGCUACGUUGACUAGAACCGAUAAUGAGGAGUCCUUCGCAACGAAAAAUUGCUCAACGAAUGCCUCAAAGCACUUAAUAGCUUUUAGUAUUGAGAAUAUCAUUAAGAAAGACUAA